AUGAAUGAGAUAGUGUUAAAUGUUGCCCUGAAGCAUAAGUCAUCAUGUCUAUUAUAUAAAAAAGAUUUUCAUUUCAAAUUAUUUUCAUCUUUAAAAGUUUGUUAUCAUAAUAAUUUAUGGUUACAUAAAAAAAAUCAAAAUGGUGAUAGUAAUUGUAGGAAUACAUCAGUGGUUACUGAACAAAUAAAUAAUGAAAAUAAGAAUGAUAAGAUAAGUAAUGAUAAGUAUAUAAAAAGUGAUGGUGUAAAAAAAUGCGUAGGACAAAGAAAUAAAUUACAUUUUGAUGAAACAAAUCUUUUAAAGUUUAGAAAUAUGGAUACUUAUAAAAAAUGGCAGUGUAGUUUUUUUUCAACAUCAGAAGAAAAAAAAUCCAAUAUAGUAAAAUAUAUGACAUUGGAUGAAGAAAAAAAAAAAGAAGAUAAUAACAUUAGCUGUAAAGAUUUAAAUAAUACACAACUGACGAUAAAAAAUAAAGUUGUAGAAAAUGACCUUAGUGAUUGUAAUUUAGAAAAAAAAAGAAAAGAUAAUGAUGAAUAUGAUAAUGACAAAUAUGAAAGAGAUUCAUUUGAACAAGAUGAAGAAAAUGAUAAAAUGAGAAAAAAGAAAGAAAUAAAAAAGAUUUUAAAUAUUAUAUUUUGUUCUUCUAUACCUAUGAUUGGUUUUGGUUUUAUGGAUCAAUUUAUUAUGAUACGUUUAGGUGAUAUAUUCGAUGCUUCCAUAGGAGUAACUUUUGGUAUAUCAACUCUUUGUGCUGCUUCUUUUGGUCAAUUAUGUAGUGAUACGUUUGGUAUAUUUUUUGGAUAUGUUUUGAAUUAUUUACUUCAGACCUAUAAAAUAAUUAAUCCCAUAAAAUAUGAUAUAAAAAAUAAAGUUUAUCAAUAUUACACUUUAAUAGGUUCUGUUUUAGGUAUGUUAUUUGGUUGUGCUUUAGGUAUGGUUCAGUUAAUUUUUAUUGACACUACAAAAAGUGAACGUUUAAAAAAAAAGAAAGAACUUGAUUUUAUUUUUCAAAUGGUCAUGUGUGAUUGUUCAAAUGUUUUAAAUUGUGAAGCUUCUACUUUAUUUUUAUAUGACAAGGCAAAAAAUGAGUUAUGGAGUAAAGCAAUACAUGGAAGAAAAAAUAUUAUAAAAAUUUCUGCAGAUAGUGAUGAAAAAAGUUUCAAUUUAUGGGUUUUAAGAAAUAAAGAAAUUAUCAAUUGUAAGGAUGUAGCUAAUCAUGAAUUGUUUAAUCCUUCACAUGAUGAAAAAUUUAAUUUCAAAACUAAAACCAUUCUAGCUGCACCUAUUUUAGAUAAAAAUGAUGAAGUUGUGGGUGUUCUUAUGUUCUUAAAUAAAUUAAGAUCCCAUGGUGGGUAUUUUACAAGAGAUGAUGAAAAGCUAGCUGAAAUGAUGUGCAAGCAUAUUUCUAUUUUUAUGGAAAAGUUUCAUUAUAUGAGUGAAGGGGACCAAAAAAUGAUAAUUUUUGAUAAGGAAAAAAAUAGUGUUAAAGAGGAGGACGAAGAAGAAGACGAUAACGACGAUGAUGAUAAUAAUGAUGAUGUUGAUGAAGAGGGGAGAGAGCUUACAGAGAAAGAAAAAGAAAGAAACAAAGAAAAAGUGAACGAAGUACAAUAUGAAGAUAAUAAAAAAAAAAAGAAAAAAAAAAGACAAAAAAGGAAUAUUCUUCCAUAUGAUAUUUUAAAAAGGGAAAAAGAUGAUGAUAAAAUAUUUGACGAAGGUGAUGAAAAUGAAGAGAGGAAAGAAUUGAAUGAAGAUGAAGAUGAACAAGUUGAAGAUGAGGAGGAAGAUGAAGAAGAAGAUGAGGAAGAAGAUGAAGAAGAAGACGAGGAAUAUGAAUAUGAACAAAAUGUCAAAGAAAAUAAAAAUCACAUAGAUAAUGAUAAUGAUAAAUAUAAUAAGAUAUAUGAACAGGAUGAAAAAAAUGAAAACAUAUUAUAUAAGCAAAAUAUAGAUAAUCAUGAUGAAAACGACUAUGAAUUAAUUCAAGAUAAUUAUUAUGUAGAAAAAAAUAAUAUAUAUAAUAAAAUUGAUAGUAUACAAAAUGAAAAGAAUAACAAUAUUGAUAAGAGUGAAUUUAGUAAUAAUAUAAAUACACAUACAUUUGAUAAUUAUAUGGAUUAUAAAGGGAAUAUAAAAGAACAUACAGCAAAUAAUAUCGAACAUCAAUUAUUACUUUUUAAUAAUGAUAAAACUAUGAAGGACAAAAUUUUAACAAGUGACAAAAUAAAUGAGGAUACAAGUAGUAAUGAUAUUAUUAAUAGUAGCAAAACAUAUAAUGAAAAAAAAAAAUUAUACACUUCAACCACAGAUAUAAAUAAGAAUAAUAUGGAUGGUAAUUUACAAGAUGAUAUAUUUUAUUUCAAAUUAUUAAAUAAGAAUAAGUAUUAUAUGAAUAAUGUUAAUGAAAAUUUGGAUAUAUAUUAUAUAUUAUAUAAUAUAGAAAAUGUUGAACAACUAUUUAAGAGAAUAAAAGAAAACAAUUUGUUGUUCUUUAACAUGAAAAAUAGUAUUCCUAUGUUUAAAUUGUUCAGGGAUUUAUAUGUGAAAGAGGAAAAUGGUUCCUAUAUUACAAAAAAUGAAAAUAAUAAUAAUAAUAAUAUUAAUAGUUAUAAUAAUAAUAAGAAUUAUAAUAAUUCUAUCAUAUUUUCAACAAAUGAAAAACUUUAUGAUAUUCUAAAUAGGGAUAAUAUAUACAAAAAGUUAAAGAAAGAAAUAUUUGAGGAUGAUUCUCAAAUUAAGACAAUGAAAAAUAAAUUGAAAUUAACAAAUAAAAAUAAUAUGAAUAAUAAUAAUAAUAAUAUUGAUAAUAGUAAUAAUAAUAUUUAUAGUGAUAAUCUUAAGAAAUAUUAUUUGAAUAGUUCUAUAUUUAAUAAGGAUUUAAAUGUAAAACAUUUUGUAGAAGUUUUAAAAAUGAAUGUAUAUAUAUCAGAAAGAAUUAAUACUUUAUUAUUUCACAAACAAAAUAUUUUAAAUGAUGUUAUAAAAUUAUAUAUAUCUAAUGAAUAUGGUGAAAAAUGUUUUUUUUCUAAUUUUCCAAAAAUAAAAGAAAUAAUAUUUGUAAAUGGAUAUGAAAAAAAAAUGGAUAUGAAAUAUUUUAAAAUGUUAAAAAAUAUAUAUAAAUAUAAUUUAAAUAAAAUUUUCAGUAAUAAUUAUAAGUUUUUUAUAAUUAAAAAAAAAAAAAAAUUAAAAAAAUUAUGUUAUAUUAUGAAAAGUUUUCAUCCACAUAUAUUAGAUGAAUUCUGGUUUAAUUUAUCAUGUCAAAAUGAUAUAAAAAAUAUAUAUUAUAAAAAUUUACAUUUUGUUAUUAGUUUACAUAAUUCAUCAAUUAUAGAUUUUAAAAUAAUUAAUCAUUUUAUAUUAAAUAAAAUUUUUGAAAAUAUAUCUAUCAACUGUACUACCUCAAGUAUGUAUUAUAAUAUAAAAACGAUAGAUUUUAUCUCAUAUAGAAAUUUGUAUCUUUUCAAAAAUUAUACUAUGCACGAUCUUAUUUAUAAAUAUAUUAUAUAUUAUUAUUGUAGAAAAAAAUUAAGAAGAAAAAAUUUUCAUUAUUUUAAUUAUCAAGAUUUAUAUAUAGCUGAAAACUAUUUUGGUCUUAACACACAUACCAAGAAGGUACCCAACAUGUUAGAUCAUAAUCUCGGAAAAAAAAGUGCCAUCGUGACAGUAGAUAGAUAA